AUGACCACGGCAGUCAAGCCCAAUCUCAAGCGCAAGAGCCACGUAGUCAGCCAGGGAGCGUCAAGGGCGGCCGCGAGAGCCAUGCUCCGGGCCGUCGGCCUCGACGACGAUGACAUGGACAAGCCCUUCAUCGGCGUGGCCAACCUCGCGAGCGACGUGACGCCCUGCAACGUUCACCUCGACCGGAUCGCCCGGAAGGUGAAGAAGGGCCUGUGGGACGCUUCGAGCGUGCCCUUCAUGUUCGGCACGAUAACCGUCAGCGACGGUAUCUCGAUGGGUACCGAGGGAAUGAAGGCGUCCCUCGUGAGCCGUGAGGUUAUCGCCGACUCGAUAGAGACGGUCUGCUUCGGGGAGAGCAUGGACGGGCUGAUCGCGGUCGCGGCGUGCGACAAGAACAUGCCGGGGGCGAUCAUGGCCAUGGCCCGGCUGAACAUACCGUCGAUCUUCGUCUACGGCGGCGCGAUACUCCCCGGCAACUACCUCGGCAAGGACAUCAACGUACAGGACAUGUUCGAGGCGGUCGGGGCGCACUCCCAGGGCAAGCUGUCGCACGAGGAGCUGAUCGCGAUGGAGCGGGUGGCGUGUCCCGGAGAGGGAGCGUGCUCGGGGAUGUUCACCGCGAACACCAUGGCUUCGGCAAUCGAGGCCAUGGGAAUGUCGAUACCCGGCGCGGCAUCGGUACCGGCGGUGGAUCCUCGCAACGAGGAGAUUGCCCACGACGCUGGAGCGGUGCUGUACAGUCUUCUGGAGCGCGACCUGAAGCCGAGAGACAUCAUCACGAGGGAGUCGCUCGAAAACGCGAUCAUGGUCGUCCUCUCAAUGGGCGGGUCGACGAACGCGGUGCUGCACCUGCUGGCCAUAGCCCGCGAGGCCGAGGUUGAACUGGACAUCAGCGACUUCGACAAGCUCAGCCGCCGCACCCCGUAUCUCACGGACCUGCGCCCGGCGGGACGGUUUGUCAUGUCUGACAUGGACAAGGUCGGCGGCGUCCCGACGGUGAUGAACGAGCUUUUAGGCGCGGGCCUGCUCCACGGCGACGCAAUCACCGUCACGGGCCGGACGAUCGCCGAGAAUCUCGCCGAUUUCGACACGAAGCCGGACGGCCAGGUGAUCCACCCGGCGUCGGCUCCCAGAAGCCCGACGGGCGGCCUGGCGAUCCUCAGGGGCAACCUGGCCCCGGAGGGCUCGGUGAUGAAGGUCUCUGGGACGAAGCACCUGCGGCAUGAAGGGCCCGCCAAGGUGUACGACGGCGAGCGCGCGGCGUUCGAGGCCGUGACCGGCGGACAUAUCACCGAAGGGGACGUCGUUGUGAUCCGCUUCGAGGGCCCCAAGGGCGGGCCGGGGAUGCAGGAGAUGCUGGCCGUCACCGGCGCCAUCAUGGGCGCGGGCCUUGGGGACAGUGUCCUGCUUCUCACGGACGGUCGCUUCUCGGGCGCGACUCACGGGCCGAUGAUAGGCCACGUGGCGCCGGAGGCGCAGGUGGGCGGAACGAUCGCCCUGGUACGCGACGGGGACACGAUUGCGAUGGAUGCCGAGAGGCGAGAGCUCAACCUGCAGGUGCCGGAUGAAGAGCUGGAGCGCCGCCGCCGAGGGUGGUCGGCUCCUCCGUCGAGGUACACCUCGGGCGUCAUGGCGAAGUACGCGAAGUUGGCGUCGUCGGCCUCGACAGGCGCGGUGACCGGAUAG